UAUACAAAGUAGUAGCCAUGUCUGCUUCACAGUGCUAAUAAUGGUAAUCAAAUUAUAUGAAACUGCAUCAAAAUAAGUUGCUAUUAACACAAGCGUUGAUUCCGCCAUUGUACGUCGUGUUGCUAACUGAAGAGGGCAGCGUCGAGCCUGUUAGCAGUUUACAGCCUGCCGGAAACUCGUCGGUAGAAGAAGACGAAGAAGAAGUAAACCCGCGAUACCAAAGCACAGACCAUGUAACGAUAUUUAAAAUAAUCACAACAGAACAGUUUUACUUUUAUAAAGGAUUUUCUUUUUUCGUUUUUAGACAUUAACAAACCACAUGAAUGAAAAAGCGGACCCGUGUAUAACCGUGCGCGACGUUACAACACGACUAAACAACCCGAAGUUUAAAUGUUUUACUCACCUUAGCUAGUUCGUUCGUUGGUGAAGAAAGUCUCAGAAAAUGGAGGAAAGUGUGAUGGAAUCGGAAUCAGCCGAACCUUUGGGAUCCACAACACAACAAGGGGUUUCUGACGCCUGGGAGACUGUCACCGCAGCGCUGACGUCUCCUGGCUCCUCGGUGACCGAGCAGAACCUCUCAGACUCGUUGGGUGUUCUGUGCGAUCAGGGUCUGGGUCGGCUGCUGGGCGGCUGGCUGCUGGAGAUGUUACAGAUGCGUCUGUCCUCCUCGGUGGUUCCAGAGUUCUGGUCUGGACUCAAACAGCCGGAGAACGAGCUGGAGGAGAGAGGCAGGGCCUGGGUUCUCCUCACCACCUUUCGGACUCUGUUAGGCCGACUGGAACCUUUCCUGUGUGGUUUGGAGCGACUGGGCCAGUGGCAGGACGAGGGCCGAGGGAGUCUCUGUGGUCCGGGGCCCCGAGGCCUCCAGGAUCGGGCCUUCACCAUCAUCAGGGCACUCCUCCUCUUCUCGCCCUCCCCGGUCCUCCAGGAGCGAGUGCUGGAGUUUUACAGCAGGACCUUCUCUGUCUAUAUGAACCAGGAGGGGGAGGCCGAGGACGGGGCCGAGGUUCCUGAUGGCCCCGAGGGAGGAGACUGUCGGGGCUGCGGGGUCCCGACGCAGGAGUGCUGGUGUCAGGAGGCCCUGGAACAACUGCAGGAGCUCAGCCACAUACUUUCUAAACUCCAGCUGCUGGAGUGGGUCAGCUCCGAGGCCGUCACCUCCAUCCUGCACAAGCUCAUCGAGCAGCGGAUGGAGCAGCACUGCAGGGGCGAAUACGAGCGCUCCUUCCUGCUGGAGUUCCAGGAGUGGCUGGAGCUGGUGCUGGGCUGGCUCAGCAAAGUGUUUGCAAGUGAGGCGGACAGAGACGUAGCUGCUCCCGGCGUUCCCAGUGUACCCAGUGUUCCCAGUGUUCCCAGUGUUCCCAGCAUGCAGGCCGGCCAGCCUGCCAGCUCCGUCCUGAAGCAGUGGAGGUGCCACAUGCACCAGUUCUUCUGCAGGAUCUACGUCAACAUGAGGAUCGAGGAGCUCUUCAGUAUCAUUAGAGAUUUCCCAGAAUCCAAAGCGGCCAUUGAAGAUUUAAAGUUUUGUCUGGAAAGAACCAAUCAGAGACAGCAGCUCCUCACUUCGCUCAAAUCUGCUUUCGAGAGCCGACUGCUGCACCCAGGAGUUCACACGUCGGACAUCCUCACGGUUUACAUCUCAGCCAUCAAGGCCCUCAGGGAGCUGGACCCAUCCAUGGUCAUCCUGCAGGUCGCCUGCCAACCAAUCCGCAAGUACCUCAGGACUCGAGAAGACACCGUGAGGCAGAUCGUAGCCGGCCUGACUGGAGACGCAGAGGGCUGCACAGAUUUGGCCUCGGAGCUGUCCAGAGGAGACCCGGUGACUCUGGAGAUGCAGGACAGUGACGAAGAAGGCAACGACCCAGAAGACUGGACGCCAGAUCCGACAGACGCCGUCCCCGAUAAAAUGGGCUCCAAACGCCGUUCGUCUGACAUCAUCAGCCUGCUGGUCAGCAUCUACGGCAGUAAAGACAUCUUCAUCGAUGAGUACAGAGCCGUGCUGGCUGACCGACUGCUGCACCAGCUCAACUACAACACCGCCAGGGAAAUCCGUAACGUGGAGCUGCUGAAGCUCCGGUUCGGAGAGUCUCACAUGCAUUACUGCGAGGUCAUGCUGAAGGACAUGGCCGACUCUCGGAGGAUCAACAGUAACAUCCGUGAGGAGGAGUCCAGGCUGAGCGAGGAGGAGCAGCCGCCGCUGUCCCUGUCCUCCAUCAUCCUGUCCUCGGAGUUCUGGCCUCCGCUGAAGGAGGAGAAGUUGGAGCUUCCCCCACUCGUCCUGCAGGCCAUGGAGGCCUACACACACCGCUACGAGAAACUCAAGGCCAUGAGGACGCUGAGCUGGAAGCCUCACCUGGGCUCAGUCACUCUGGACGUGGAGCUGGAGGACCGAACCCUCACCAACCUCACCGUCUCCCCGAUCCACGCUGCCAUCAUCCUGCACUUCCAGGAAAAAAGUUCUUGGACUCUGGAGGAGCUCAGUGUGAAACUGGGCGCCCCGAAGGAGCUGGUGCACAGGAAGCUGGCUCUGUGGCAGCAGCACGGCGUGCUGAGGGAGGAGGCGGGAGGACGCUACUACGUGGUGGAGACGGGCUCGUCCAAAGAGAAGAUGGAGAGAGGCGUGAUGCUGAUCGACAGCGACGAGGAGAGAGACUCCAACACCACCACCCAGUCAGAGCAGAGGGAGGAGAAGCUGCAGCUGUUCUGGGCCUACAUCCAGGCCAUGCUGACAAACCUGGACAGCAUGACGCUGGACCGCAUCCACUCCAUGCUGCGGAUGUUCGUCGCCACGGGACCCGUCGUCACGGAGAUGGACGUCAACGAGCUGGAGGCCUUCCUGCAGAGGAAGGUCAGGGAGCAUCAGCUGAUGGUGUCUGCAGGCGUCUACAGGCUCCCCAAAUCCAACUGAUGAUGGACAGAACUUCUGUAAUCUGACGCUGCAUUCACGUGCCGUGAGAAAUAUGGGAAAAUCCUGUUCUCCUCAGCUGUUGGGAAGAAGUUCUUCAGUCUUGGGGUGAUCCAGCAGAAUUUCUGCCAGCGUGUCAAAAUGGACUUUCCUUUUUAUAUGAAUGCAUCAUUUAUGAGGACCAUUCCUCUGAAAGGUUUGGUUUUUCAAAAUAAAAGCACCACCACCACACAAACACCAGUGCACGCAGUGAUGAUGCUGAAACUGGAAAUUAAGUUGUUAUGAAGGUUAUUGGUGUCAAACACUGACGUAUAAAACUGAUGUAUUAUUAUUAUAAAAGCUCUUGAAUGUC